AUUAAGUUGCACAGUUAUUAGUUAUUACCUACAGUAGUUUUCAGGUUCCAAACCAAACUGUAAAAAUGGCGACAACUACCCCCACGUUCUUUUAUCGUCACCACCUUCAUCAUCAUCCCAGCUCUUACUUCAUCAAACACCAAGCACAAACACAUUCACACCAUUCCAUGUUAAUACCACUCAUCCAAACCAACCCUCAAAACCCACUUCAACCAUGCAAAUCCUCACAGCCCUUUCUGUGUUUUCUCAAUCUCUACUUCUUUUUCCACUUCUUCUGCUUCUUUGCUGCACCACUGCAUCUGGGUUCGGAUCAAUGGGACCCAUCUCUGCCGCAUUUGGCCAAAACGGGUUCUUCUGUGCCAUUGACGCGAGUGGCAAGCAGAACGUUAUUUGCUGGGCAAAGAACAGCUCUUCUUCAUCACCAUCAUCGUCUUCAGCCUCUGCUUACCUCAACAACAUUCCUGCAAUGGCUGCUCUCUCUGGUGGUGAAGGUUUUCUAUGUGGCAUUCUAGCAAACACUUCGCAAGCUUAUUGUUGGAGCUCAAACAGUUCAGGUAUAGAUCUCGUGCCUUCAAUAUAUCAAACCACUGCUUAUUCUCAUAUAGCCGCGGGCAAGAAUCAUGUUUGUGCUAUUAGAGGGACUUAUUACUCUGAUCAUGAUUCGGGCAUCGUUGACUGUUGGGAAAUUGUGAAAAAAUCCAAUAAUUUUUUGAGUUCUAAACAGAGUACUCUGUUUUAUAAUCAGUCUAUUAGCAACUUUGUUUUUAAGAAGGUUGUGUCUGGUGAUGGAUUUAGUUGUGGUGGUCUUAGAGAAGGAGGGAUUGUUUGUUGGGGACCAAACUCAGCAAGUUUGGGGGUUUCUAACAUAUUGGAGAACUAUGUAGUUUUGGCUUCAGGGAGAAGUUCUCUUUGUGGGAUUUCAGAAAUUUCUAAUGAAGUGAAAUGUUGGGGUGAUAGUGGUUCAUAUGUUGCCCCUCCAAUUGGGAUUAAGUUUGUGUCUCUGACGGCUGGUGCUAACCAUUUUUGCGGUAUACGUGAGGACAAUCAUGGGGUGGAGUGUUGGGGGAUCUUUAAUUUGUCUGCGGUUCCAAAGGGUUCCGGGUUUAUGGCAAUAGCAUCAUCUGAUUUUGUUACUUGUGGUAUUAGAGAGGAUGAUUUGGUUCUAGAUUGCUGGCUUGUCAAUUCCCCUUCACCGUCUGAUUAUGAUCCUCCAUUGGAAUUGUGCAGCCCGGGUCUUUGUACUCCUGGUUCCUGUAGCACAGGGCAAUUUGCUUAUAAUGCAAGUAUUCUUAAUGAGCUCGAUUUGACAAGCUUGUGUAUACGGAAAGAUCUUAAGAUUUGUUCACCUUGUGGGUCAAAUUGUUCUGAAGGUUUCUUCUUGUCUAGUUCAUGUUCUGAGAAUGCUGACAGAGCAUGCACCGCUUGCUCUCUUUGCCAGAACAGCUCUUGUUGGGAUGUUUGUCGACUUCAAUCAUCUCAGAAGAUGGAUCAGAAGCAUUGGAAUCACUUGCGUAGAUUGGUGCUCAUUAUUGGGUCUUCUAUUUCAGGUUUGUUAUUCAUAUUGAUUGGCUGGUGUCUUCUUCCGUGCAUGAGGACUACCCAAAAAGUGGAAGGGACCAAAAGACAUUUCAAUUCUUGCAUGGGCAAGCCGAAGUUAGAAACUGACCCUAUUGCUGAUUUGCAGCCUCCUCUUUCUGUUGCCUCCUGUCCCGGGAUGGCUCAAAUUUUCCGACUCUCAGAGCUAAAAGAUGCCACUAAUGGGUUCAAGGAAUUUAAUGAGCUUGGCAGGGGAAGUUAUGGAUUUGUUUAUAAAGCUGUCCUUUCAGAUGGGCGGCAAGUUGCAGUCAAAAGGGCAAAUGCUGCCACAAUAAUUCACUCUAACAAUCGUGACUUUGAAAUGGAGUUGGAAAUCCUUUGCAAAAUCCGGCAUUGUAAUAUUGUGAACUUGUUGGGUUAUUGCUCAGAAAUGGGUGAGAGGCUGCUCAUUUAUGAGUAUAUGCCUCAUGGGACACUUCAUGACCACCUCCAUGGUGGGCUUUCUCCUUUGAAUUGGAGCCUCCGGUUGAAGGUUUCAAUGCAGGCUGCUAAGGGACUUGAGUACCUUCACAAGGAACUUGUGCCUCCAAUUGCCCAUCGGGAUGUGAAGACUUCAAAUAUUCUUUUGGAUUUUGAUUGGGGAGCACGAAUUGCUGACUUUGGCCUUGUUACUUCAAAUGACAAAGAUCUUAGUGGAGAUUUAGAAAGUGAUGUUUACAACUUUGGAAUUGUGCUGCUAGAGAUUCUCAGUGGAAGGAAAGCAUAUGACAGAGAUUAUAUGCCUCCAAGUAUAGUUGAGUGGGCAGUGCCCUUAAUCAAACAGGGUAAGGCAGCUGCCAUAAUUGAUCGGUAUGUGGCACUUCCAAGAAAUGUUGAACCUCUACUUAAACUUGCUGAUUUAGCAGAAGUGGCUGUGAGGGAAAAUCCUAGUGAGCGUCCUACCAUGUCAGAUGUGGCAUCUCGGCUGGAACAAAUUUUCAAAGACGGAUUGAUCUUGUAGUACUGAGUUCUCAAAUUUUGAACAACAUUGAAUGGAUCUGUAGACAGCAGCUGCCCUGAGUGCUACUCUUCUUCAAUUGUACAUUUAUUAAGAGAUUCUUGUAUAUGGCGUUUGCUUACUUGUUUAUCUUUUGGAGAAUGAAGGAAAUGGUAUUGUUGCACCAAAUAAUUCUUUUAUUCAUUUUUAUGGAAGUUCACCCAAUAAUAUUCACCUUUCGUGUAAACAUGUGAGAGUUGCAACUCACACGUCCUUGUCUUCAAGGAACAAACUAUUUCUAUGCUUGUCAAUGGCCCAAGGAAUACAUGUUAAGGAAAUUAUGUAU